ACCACACGUGUUCCUUUCCACAUUGAGAGAGUGAAGAUGGCGGACGUAGAGGUUUCCUCAGCUAAGAAGCACAAGAAGAAGAAGGAGAAAAAAGUUGCCGAUGAUGAAGUUGGGGAACUUCAAGAGAUGGGUGAUUUCCUCAUCAAACCGGAGUCCAAAAUUCCAACACUUGAUACCUCUCAGUGGCCUUUAUUGUUGAAGAACUUUGAUAAGCUGAACAUAAGGACAGCACAUUAUACACCUCUCCCAAGUGGCUCAAAUCCCUUGAAGAGAAAUAUUCAGGAUUAUGUCAGGACCGGUUUUAUUAACUUGGAUAAACCCGCCAACCCAUCCUCUCACGAAGUGGUGGCGUGGAUCCGUCGGAUUCUUCGUGUGGAGAAAACAGGCCACAGUGGCACUCUGGACCCUAAAGUCACAGGCUGUCUCAUAGUGUGUGUAGACAGAGCCACGCGUCUGGUGAAGUCCCAGCAGAGCGCUGGCAAAGAGUAUGUGGGAAUUGUUCGGCUGCACAAUGCUAUUGAGAAUGAGCUUCAGCUUUCCAGGGCACUGGAAACCUUAACGGGGGCUUUGUUCCAGCGGCCUCCUCUGAUUGCAGCUGUGAAGAGACAGUUGAGAGUGAGAACCAUUUAUGAAAGCAAACUCAUAGAGUACGAUCCAGAGCGAAGACUGGGGAUAUUCUGGGUCAGCUGUGAGGCAGGUACCUACAUCCGGACCCUGUGUGUUCACCUUGGCCUCUUGCUGGGAGUUGGGGGACAGAUGCAGGAGCUUCGGCGAGUGCGGUCUGGGGUCCUGGGAGAGCGGGACAACUUGGUUACCAUGCACGAUGUGUUGGAUGCCCAGUGGCAGUAUGACCAUAACAAGGAUGAAACCUACCUGAGGAGAGUCAUCUAUCCACUAGAGAAGCUCCUUGUGUCACACAAACGUCUUGUUAUGAAGGACAGUGCGGUCAAUGCCAUCUGCUAUGGUGCAAAGAUCAUGCUGCCUGGUGUUCUCCGGUAUGAAGAUGGCAUUGAAGUAAACCAAGAGAUUGUUGUCAUCACUACUAAAGGAGAAGCUAUUUGCAUUGCAAUCGCCCUGAUGACCACUGCAGUAAUUUCCACUUGUGACCAUGGAGUUGUGGCAAAGAUUAAGAGAGUCAUCAUGGAAAGAGACACCUAUCCUCGUAAAUGGGGCCUAGGGCCAAAGGCAAGCCAGAAGAAAAUGAUGAUUCAGAAAGGCUUGUUGGACAAGCAUGGAAAACCUAAUGGAAAUACUCCAGCUAACUGGAAGGAACAAUAUGUAGAUUACAGUACGCCGAAGAAAAUUGAAGCAGAACCAAGUGAACCAACUGCCAAGAGGAAGAGAGAAACAAGCGACAGUGAAAGCGAUGGAACACCUGCCCCCUCUACACCUUCCGCUCCCAAAGCAGAUGUGGAGAGUAAGAAAGAAAAGAAGAAAAAGAAAAAAGACAAGAAAAUAAAACUUACGGAAGAAGCAGGGGAAGAAGAACCAGCUCCAGAGGAGGGUGAAAGCAGUAAGAAGAAAAAAAAGAAAAAGAAGCAGAAGGAGGAAGAAGCUUCUUCUGAUUGAGAUCUGGCAUGAACCUGGAAAGGGUUUGACCAUAUUCCUCCAAGGAGUGAGGGAGAGAGUGCUUGAGAGAUGGACUGCAAGAUAUUGAAGUUGGCACUCUGUGACUUGCAAAGGAAACCAUCUUUCUUCCACCUUUAUGAACUCUGAGUGAUUGACUCAGUUGGCUAUAGUGAUUGCGAUAAUAGUUUCAAAUUUCAGUUCAGUAUUCUUUGAAGCUCUUUGCUUCUGGGUAAACCUAUGAUGAUGGGGCAUGUUUGAUAUUCAGGAGGAUAUACUGUGAACAUCAAUUCAUCUGAUGAUUUUGGGGAGGAUACCCCUCAUACCAAAAAGCCUAAGCCGUCCAUCUGGUUUUUUUAUCAUGAUUUGUCUGGUUACCUGAAUGAAACUAUUAAUGAUGUAAUCAGUUGUGGAGAAAGAUGUUUUAUAUUAUACUGUGUAUUUUUGUAUUGUAAAUAUUUGACAGCUGAAAUUGAGUUAGUGAAAAGGUUGACCUUCAUUCAUGCAAUGACUGGAGUCUGUUGACUAAAGCUUUGAUUUAUAAAAGUUUUUUUUAAUUA